CUCCAGAACCUUCCCCCACCGUGGACUUGGCUCCUCCAGCAGGUCCAGUCUACACCAUCUAAAUAUAGAAGAAAGACGGAGCGAGAGAAGGUGAAUGUACAGUGAAGAGCGCUCAUCAUGUCCCAGGUGAUUGUGACCCGAAGGGCAGAGGGGCCGGCCUCGUACUACUGGCUCUCACUUCUGUCUGGUGACAAGGACACUGUCCGGGAUCUGCUGGAUGAAUCCCACCAUCUCAUUCACCCCAACUCAGUGUUUGAUACCAGCGACGUGGAUGGAUGGAGGAACUAUCGCUACAACAGUAAAGCUCUGAGGAUCUGGUCUCUGACAUAUGAGGAAGAAUUCACCUGCCCCCUGUAUGUGACAGCGAGUCGGGGUUACUCUGACUGCCUGCAGCUGCUCCUCAGGAAGGGCGCCAACGUGGACUUCGCUCCUGGAGGAGAGAGCGCCCUUCAUGGAGCCUGCGAGAGCGGCCAUGAGGAGUGUGUGAGGCUCCUCCUGAGACACGGCGCCAACCCCAACAUACCCUCCCAAGAUGGCACCUACCCACUGCACUACUGCAAGACAACGCAGUCCUACCUCUGUGCCAAGCAGCUUCUACAAUACGGCGCUCACGUGAACAUGGCGUCGGAGGAGGAGGAGCAGACGCCGUUACACGUGGCCGCCCGCCAUGGCUUAGUGGAUCAUGUGGACCUUUACCUGCGUCAUGGGGCUGCGGUGGAUAAGAGAGACGUCCAUGGGGAGACGCCGUUGAGCACGGCCUGCAGUCACCCCCAGGGUCCGGAGCAGCUGGACAGGUACUAUAAGGUUUGUCAGCGUCUCAUCGACAGCGGCGCCAACAUCCACACCCGGGACCAGGACCAGCAGUGCCCGCUCCACCUGGCCUGUAAGAGCGCCAAUCCCCAGACCGUGCGGCUGCUGCUGGAACGGGGGGCAGAGGUCAACACCAUGAACUACAGCGGGAAUACCGCCAUGCAGAACAUCCUCCAGGUGACCGCGUACAGACUACCGCACCAGCCAGAGCUCAUCGUGCAGGCGCUGCUCAAUCACGGUGCCAUCCGGGUGUGGCCAGGAGCCCUGAGCAAG